AUGUCUUCCCCCAUCACUGCGGCCCGCUACGGCAAGGACAAUGUCCGAGUAUACAAGGUCCACCGGGACGAGAAGACGGGCGUCCAGACCGUCGUCGAGAUGACCGUCUGUGUUCUCCUGGAGGGAGAAAUUGACACCUCUUACACCAAAGCCGACAACAGCGUCGUCGUCGCCACGGACUCCAUCAAGAACACGAUCUACAUCCUGGCGAAGCAGAACCCCGUGACGCCGCCGGAGCUCUUCGGCUCGAUCCUGGGGAACCACUUCGUGACCACGUACCCGCACAUCCACGCGGCGCACACCUCGAUCAUCACGCACCGGUGGACGCGCAUGACCAUCGACGGCAAGCCGCACCCGCACAGCUUCCUGCGCGACGGCGAGGAGACGCGCAACGUGCAGGUGGACGUGGUCGAGAACGCCCAGGGGAUCAACAUCGACAUCCGCUCCGCGCUGGCCAAGCUGACCGUGCUCAAGAGCACCAACUCGCAGUUCUGGGGGUUCGUGCGCGACGAGUACACCACGCUCCCGGAGACCUGGGACCGCAUCCUCAGCACCGACGUCGACGCCACCUGGCAGUGGCAGCGGUUCGCGGGACUCGAGGCCGUCCGCGCCGCCGUGCCCCGCUUCGAUGCCACCUGGGCCGCCGCCCGCGAGAUCACCCUCAAGACCUUCGCCGAGGACAAUUCGGCCAGCGUCCAGAACACCAUGUACAAGAUGGCCGAGCAGAUCCUCGAGCGCCAGCCCCUGCUCGAGACGGUCGAGUAUGCCCUGCCCAACAAGCAUUACUUUGAGAUUGACCUGAGCUGGCACAAGGGCCUCAAGAACACCGGCAAGGAUGCCGAGGUGUAUGCACCCCAGAGUGGACCCAAUGGUCUCAUCAAGUGCACGGUUGGUCGCAAGUCCAAGGCCAAGUUGUAG